CCACUUUCUAAUACAUCCUUAUAUAUGUGAGUUAGGAAUUUACUGAAGAUAUAGCUGCUCACUCUCAGGCAAUAGUGGACCAGUUCAACUCUCUAAGGGCUAAAGUACUUACAGUUUGUCAAUCGAGAAAUGCAGAUGCCCUAGAAGAGGCAGAAAAUGCCGAAGAAAGAGAAGAAAGAUCAUAUGGUGUUAUAAUGAUGGAGAGGCUAACUGGAAGUGUAGAAGGACGGAUAGAUCACAUGCUUCAGGAUAAAACAUUUGAACAUCCUUAUUUACAAGCCAUUGGAGCGCAUACAAAUUAUUGGAGGGAUUACGACACCGCCCUUUUCAUAUUGAAACACUUGUUUCGAGAUAUUCCUGAAGACCCUAACUCACCUGCAUCUUCAAGUGAAGACAACUCAAAGAGGGCUUCCAUCGGUUGGUCUGAUCAAAGAGAGACAGAAGAAGAACAACUUCCUCUGACAUUCUCCGACAGAAUGAUGGUUAGAAACUUCUCGAGGAAGGCUAAUAAGUUUAUAAAGAAGCGCUGAUUAUAUCCGAACUCAACCUCCGUCGUUAACCAUUUGCUGUCACUAACCAUGCUGCGGCAUUGAGGGUCAUAGCAUUCAUUCAAUUGGGAUACUUUUCAGGAGACUCUUGACAUUUUUGUUGGUCUGGAUUUACACGAGUUAUCAAGUGGUAAAAUUUAGCACUCGAACAAUAGAUGAUGGUUAUGCAAGUGUUUGUUAAGUGUAGUGUCUGACAG